AUUCAACAGUUCGCACUGAGAUCUACAUACUCAAGCAAACAAAUACAUUUUUGAAGCUCUGUUAACAACAACAACAACAAAAAAAGAUUAGAUUAUAGCAAUAAAACAAAGUUUGAGAAGUAAAUCUUCUCGCAAAGAAAAUAAACUGUGUUUUUGUGACAAAAAGUGUGACACAAUUGGGUGGUGAUAAUGAAAUUCACACAUCAUGACAAAUAUCCUGUACAAUUUGUACAUUUAAAAAAACAACAACAAUUACAACAUCAAAUACUAUUACAACAUUUCCAGGCGCAACAACAACAAUUAGCCGAACAACAUGAAGCACAAUUACGUCAACAUCUCAAGGUGGGAAUUUCACAUACACAUCAUGAGUUUUGGGAGCAACAAAAACAGUUGGAGGAAGAAAUGCGUGAAAAGGAAAAAUUGGAAGCACUCAAAAAGAAGGAUAAACAUGAACAAAGUGCUGUUGCUUCAUCGGAAGUGAAACAAAAAUUACAAGUAUUUUUAAUGAAAAAACAGAGAGAUGCUGCGUCCGCAUCACCGAAAGGGUCAAUUACUGGUUCAACAAGUUAUCGAAAUUGCUAUGAAGUUAUGAAUAAACAACAAUCACCGUCAAAUUCAUCAAAUUCACAAGUAUAUACGUUUGAUCCAGGAGUGGAAAGACCUGAUAAAGAUUUUCCCCUACGAAAGACAGCAUCCGAACCAAAUUUAUUAAAGGUUCGAAUUAAACAAAGAGUAAUGGAACGACGAUCCAGUCCAAUGACUAAACGUCACGAUAGGUUACUCGCAUGUAUUAAAAAGAAAUCUCAAAUAGCAAAUUGCACUGUAACUAGUAACAAUUCAAUUGGAAGUUCAUCUGUUUUAUCAACUGAACGAUGCUCACCCACAUCAGUUGGUAGUGCACCAAUAAAAGAAGAAGAUGAAGAGAGUAAUUUUGGACCAUUAAGAAAAAGUAAUAGUCACAAUAGCAUGGGCAAUUUAUCAUUAUUUAGUAGUCCAUCCAUGCCAAAUAUAUCAAUUGGUGCUGCAUUACACCUCUUGCCAUCAGCCGAUGCGGCAAAAUCAAUGCUACCACCUGUAUCAGAAGCUCAAGUGCGUGCUGCGUGCACGGCACGAUUAGGCUUACCAUUAACUGGACAAAUGUUAACAACAAAUACAUUACCAUUCUAUCAUCCAUGUUUACCAGCUGCAAUUGAAACAGAUGGUAAUGAAAUUCUCGAUCACAAUACACGAUUAUCAGUUGUUACUGAGAAUAAUCAAGAUACAAUAAUGGCUGAACCACCGGUACCGCAUGCAUUAAGUCGCUUACAAAAACAAAGUUUACGACCUUUAGGUCGUACACAAUCGUCACCAUUGCCUUUAGCACAUCCCGUACUUGCUGGUCCCGGACAUGGUAUUGCUGUAAUUGCAACACCACCAGUUCAUAUCAGUUCACAAGGUGUUGCAUUACCUCCACAAGCUCAUAUACCUUCGAUACAAACUGCUCAUUAUAUACAAAAUCGUUUAGUUGAAUAUUCGGAAUAUGCGAAUGAUAACGAUAAUAAGGUAAUUGACUUAACAGGCGGUGACAAAACAAAUCAUCAAUUUUUACAACAACAACGUGAUAUGAUGAUGCGUCACACAUUACAAAUACAAGAUGAGGCGGCUGCAACAGCAAGUGGUGGUGGAGGACGGGGUAGUCGACCUUUAUCGCGUGCUCUCUCAUCACCGUUGGUGCAUCUAGGACCAAAUGCAUUAGUGCAUCAUGGUCAUCAUCUUCAAGCAGACAUUCCCACUAAUGUUACGAAUAAUAGCAUACAACAUUUAUCGUCAAUAAAUAGAAAACGACCCGGUAGUCCACAUACGUUAACAACAGGUUUAGCUUUUGAUAACUUAAUGUUAAAACAUAGUUGUAUUUGUGGUAAUAACUCGAAUCAUCCCGAACAUGCUGGCCGCCUACAAAGUAUAUGGGCAAGGCUGAUGGAAACUGGUUUGGUUAGCCGAUGUGAUCGUUUACGAUCACGUAAGGCCACUAUUGAAGAAUUACAAACCUGCCAUUCAGAAGUUCAUGCUUUACUAUUUGGUACAAACCCCUUAAAUCGGCAGAAAAUGGAUAUGAGUAAAUUAUCAAAAUUACCUAUAAAAAGUUUUGUACGACUUGCGUGUGGAGGAAUUGGUGUCGAUUCGGAUACAACAUGGAAUGAAAUUCACACAGCGCCUGCCGCACGAAUGGCAGUCGGUUGUGUUAUUGAUUUAGCGUUUAAAACAAUACAAGGAGACAUACAAAAUGGUUUUGCAGUUGUACGGCCGCCUGGACAUCAUGCUGAACCCGCCCAAGCAAUGGGUUUUUGUUUUUUCAAUUCGGUGGCAGUUGCUGCACGAUUAUUACAACAACGAGGUGUUAGUAAAAUUUUAAUUGUAGACUGGGAUGUACAUCAUGGGAAUGGUACCCAACAAAUUUUUUAUGAUGAUCCAUCCGUUUUAUUUAUUUCAAUACAUCGACAUGAUGAUGGGAAUUUUUUCCCUGGGACUGGAAGUCCUACAGAGUGUGGAAUUGGGCCUGGUGUUGGUUUUAAUGUAAAUGUUGCCUGGUCUGGUGGACUAAAUCCACCAUUGGGUGACGCCGAAUACCUUGCUGCUUUCCGAACCAUUGUCAUACCAAUUGCUAAGCAAUUUGGACCAGAAAUUAUACUUGUUUCGGCUGGUUUUGAUGCAUCAAUUGGUCAUUUACCACCACUUGGUGGUUAUAAAGUCUCUCCAGCAUGUUUUGGACAUAUGACUAAAGAGCUCAUGCGAAUCUGUGAUGGAAAAGUAGUUUUAGCGCUAGAAGGUGGUUACGAUUUGCCAGCAAUAUGUGAUUCGGCUGAAGAAUGCGUUAAAGUUUUAUUAGGUGACGAACCAUCCCCGAUUGCUCAUGAAGAACUUUUAAGGCCUCCUUGUCAAAAUGCUAUUGAUACUUUACAAAAAACAGUAGCUAUUCAGCAUUCACAUUGGCCAUGCGUAAAACGAAGUGUUCAUUUAAUGCCGUGUUCAUCAAUAGAGGCCGCCAAAUUAGAGACCGAAGAAACCGAAACAGUAACGGCCAUGGCAAGUUUAUCAAUGAAGCAAAAAUCUAUGCUGAGGAAGCCAACUCGUGAUAUUGCUUUGUGUGUGUUUACUUCGUGAGAUCUGACAAGAUAAUCGCUAAAUCAGAUAUCUGGUUUCAUUUUUAUAGGACCACCAUACAUUCCGGUGCAGAGCCAAUGGAGAACAACUAAAUCUCUCUACAUACAAAAUACAAAUUCUGAUCUACAACAAAACUACACAACCCACAUACGAAUCAAAUUUUUGUUUGGGAGAACAAAAAUUUCAAAUACAAAAUUAUAUACGAUUUAUACUACAACAAGCGCCUGCGCCUUCGCUUUAAUUA